AUGGGUUUCUUACUAUCCAAUUAUCAACUCACAAUAUGUAUCCUGUAUUUCCUAAUUUUCUGCUUGUCUUCUUCUACACAUCUUUGCCAUAAUGACGAGAGCACGGCUUUGCUCCAAUUUAAGCAAUCAUUUUCCUUCAAUUGCUCUGCUUGCAAUUUCGACGUGGGUGCUCCAUUCGCUGAUAAUUGGAAAGAGGGUACAGAUUGUUGUGCAUGGGACAGGGUCACAUGUGAUAACACCACUUCUCAUGUUGUUGGCCUCGACCUCAGUUCUAACUGCCUAUAUGGUACCAUCCAUCCAAACAGCAGCCUCUUCAAUCUUGUUCACCUUCAACACCUCGACCUUUCUCACAACAACUUCAAUCACUCUCAAAUUUUACCUUCAUUUGGCCGUUUCACAAAUUUGACCCAUCUUUACCUCAUUUAUUCCCAUCUUUCUGGCCCAAUACAAUCAUCAAAAGAUGAAGUCUGGCAAGGGAAUAACUUCUCCAAUAGCAUUUUCCACUUACAGAAAUUGCAGGUGCUGUGGUUAGGCGGUAACAUAGAACUCAUAGGAGAGCUACCUAAUUCCAUCGGCCAACUUGAGUACUUGGAGGAGCUAUUCCUCAGUUUUUGCAAUAUCUUCGGUACCAUUCCGACAUUGCUUGGAAACCUCAAGAAACUAAGGGGCGGUAACAUAGAACUCACAGGAGAGCUACCUAAUUCCAUCGGCCAACUUGAGUACUUGGAGGAGCUAUUCCUCAGUUUUUGCAAUAUCUUUGGUACCAUUCCGACAUCGCUUGGAAACCUCAAGAAACUAAGAAUGCUAGAUCUUGGAUGGACUUACUUGAUCAAUGGUCAAUUGCCAUCUUCAAUCGGCCAUCUUAAAAACUUGGAGGAGCUAUACCUCCAUGAUUGCAAUUUCUCUGGUAUGAUUCCGAGAUCGCUUACAAACCUCACGCGAUUAAUUUGGCUUGAUCUUUCAUGCAACAAUUUUGAAGGCCCAAUUCCUCAAAUUUUUUCCAACUUCUCGCAACUUCAAUAUAUAGAUUUCUCAAACAAUCAACUAACAGGUCCCAUUUCAUCACCAAUAACUGGCCUUCCAAAUCUACAGUAUCUAGAUUUAAGCCAUAACUCAAUUAAUGGGACAAUACCUUCUUCCUUGUUUCAUCUUCUGAACCUUACCUAUCUUGAUCUUUCGUCAAAUAAUUUAAGCGACACUGUUGAGCUGGACACGUUUGCAAAGCUUGAAUAUUUGAAUUCUUUGGAUCUUUCAAACAGUGGUCUAUCAUUGACCACCACCAACUCCACUCCUUCCUCUUUCCUAAACAUUAGGACAUUAUGA